AUGAACAGACCCCGGCAGAGCGACCUCACUCCUGCAAUCCUGCAAGGCUCGCCAGCAACCAUCACCAUGCCCUCUCUUUUCCUGUCAAAGAGAGGUGCUUUACUUCACGCAUGCAGGCCACCAGAAGAGUCUUCCUUUUGGAAUCCUGACAGGCAAAGUGAUGAUAGUGGAGGUCAUGCAAAGGACUUGUAG